CGUGGCCGCGGAGGCGGGCGCGGUGAGGGCCGGCGGGAGCCGCGCGCGAGCGGCCGCCAUGGCGGACGAGAUCAGCAAAGCGCAGGCGGCGCGGCCCGGCGGGGACACCAUCUUCGGGAAGAUCAUCCGCAAGGAGAUCCCCGCCAACAUCAUCUACGAGGACGAGCAGUGCCUCGCAUUCCAUGAUAUUUCACCUCAAGCUCCAACACAUUUCCUAGUGAUUCCUAAGAAGCCAAUUGUCAGAUUGUCUGAAGCAGAAGACUCUGAUGAAUCUCUUCUUGGGCAUUUAAUGAUUGUUGGCAAGAAGUGUGCUGCUAACCUGGGCCUGACCAAUGGAUUCCGGAUGGUUGUGAAUGAAGGGCCUGAGGGUGGGCAGUCUGUCUAUCACGUACACCUCCAUGUUCUGGGCGGCCGUCAGUUGGGCUGGCCUCCUGGCUAAGAUUUUUACACCACAAGAGCUAACUGUGCAUGCAUACAAGUUACCACCAAACAGAUUUAAUGUGUUAUCCAUCAGUCUAGCCACUGUUAGUGUAUUGUUUUUUUUUUUAAUGUGUGUCUACAGAGGGUAUUAAAUGCUCUGAACAACAUUCGCACAAUAAAAUUUAAGCAUGUGGGAAUCGUCUCUGUCUGGUGUGCCUUACUUAUGGGAAGAGUUCUGCAAGGUGAAAGGAUGUUCUCUGGCAUUUAAGGUUUUGAUCUGCUAACAAACCUUCUGUAGACAGUGAUUUGCUAUGGCAUUUGAAACCUGGAGGUGCAGCUGAACUGCUUAGCAGGCUUUCAUGUCUCUUGGGAAGAAAACUUGAAAGCUUUUUGAGUGUGGUAUAUAAAUAUUCAUAAAGCCGGUGUAGGCUGCCCCUGAAAUUUUUUUAAAAAGUGAAAUUUGAACAUCCCGUGCAAGGCUUGUGUCAGUACAGUGCAGUGUGUUGGGAACAUACAACUCCUGUUGGAGCUCGCUCUCAGUGGCAUUAUAAGGCUCCAUUUUUCCAGUGAGAAGGGGCAAACCAGUAGUCUUAAUGGCAGCUGUCAUAGAUCCAUAGUGCCUGGGUACCUAACAUCAUGAUUUGGAUCAAAUCGAGGGAUUGAAAAUACUGAACUCUUCUAAGAUGCUCAAGGCAUUUCAUCUUGGCAUGUAAGCAGCGUGAUGUAUUUAUAUACAUUUUGAAUUCUAGAUUUUAGCAGAUUUUUUCCUUCAGUGAACAGUACUUUCUGUGUUGCUGCAUACAGUUAGUUUUUCAUGCAACAAUGUAAUCAGAUCUCCAAGGCAAUAAAUUUUCUUGAAGUUAGGGUUACAGCUGUGUCUGCCAGUGUAACUAUAAAACAGCUGUUCUUUCUGAUAAAAUUGAGUCACCAGUAACCAGUUUUUAUGACAAAAGAUACUUGAAAGCCUCUAGGCAGAUGCCUUGAGAAAAACUGGGUUAUUUGUGAGCACCAGAGGUGUUAAAGAAAUGUGGGAGUGUAGUGUAGAGGGUGGACAGGUAAGGGGUGUGACUUGCGUUUUCUGCUCAGAUAACUAACUUGCAAGUUCUGCAAAGCCAUUUGAAUUCAUUCAACUUGUAAGUAUUCUGUAAGUACCUCUGGAUGUCCUGGCCUUUGAGAAUUUUUGCCCCAAGAUGUGACUUAAACUGGAAAAUCAGGUAAUGCUUCUGAAGGUGGCUGGUCUAUACUCGAAUUAAGAAUAAAAAGGUGGUUCUGUACUGGUAGCCUGAUGACGUUAACUCCUGUGUCACCUGCACAGAAGAGAAGAAGAAAACCACCCAAUCCCCAGAGGUACAACAUCCCUGGGCAAAUAGCUGAGUGUGCAUCCCGAGAACGAGUGUUGAUUCCGUGGCUGGGUGACUACUCCAGUACAGCUGCUCUGUCCUGUGAUUUCUAAGGCCACUUAACUAAGGAAGAUGCGUUAACUGCAUCACAGGGAGGCAGCAAACUUCAUCAUAGUAAGCACUGAGGAGGUGGAUAUGGGAAAGCAGGUUUAUCCUACACAUCCUUUGACUCUGCAUUACUGAUGGAUCUGAAACACCCACUGGAAGAUGUCUUGAUCUCUGCUGUUCUGCAGGUAAUCAAAUGUACUUAGAUGACAAAAGCCUGUGAGCAACCCAAGGACUUCACCUCUAUUUAAUUGUCAUGCGCAGAAGGUGGAAACAAUUUACAUGACCUGAAUACAAGCUAAUGUAUAAUCUGAAAUUGAAUUGCUGAGGUGUAAUGCACUGUUACAUUGCUCCAGAUUAGAGACAGCAUGAGUGUCCGAGAGAGAGAGCUAAACUGCACUGUGACAUUUAAGUCAGUUUCUAAAAUGUCAGAUACUGAGUUUGAACACUUCCUAGGUGUGAAAUUUUGCAUUACUUUAGUUAUUGAGCUGCCCAGUCUUGUUGAGCCAAGCUGACCACGUGUACCCAAUACCAUUCUUGAAAAUCCCAUGAUGGUAACUGUUGCAGGUUUGGACAAAUCAUCCUGACUGAGGCUACAGUUGUCUUAUUUUAUCCUUUUUGUUUGGUGUUUUCUUGUGUGUUAGAACUCAUUUUUGUGGACCACAUUGGAUUUCUCUCAAGAUCACUGUGUUAAUGUUUUAUCUGACUAUACCUGUAUUUGCUGUGGAUUUAAAUAAAAAGUUCUGUUUUCA